AUGGCGCCAAUAAGUGAGCAAGCUGUGUGUUUGGGAAAGAGACCUUCAAACCAUAGAAAAUUAUCAGCAAUAACAGCAAAUAGAAAACCUACAACAAAUCUGCCUUGCAAAGACGAUUACUUGAAAUUUGAGCUGCGAUAUACAGAUGUGAGCAUCGCGAAUGCCCUGCAGCGAGUGAUGAUCGCAGAGGUGCCAACGAUCGCCCUAGACUUGGUGGAAAUUGAGAACAAUUCGCCAGUACUCAAUGACGAAUUCAUUACGCAUAGGCUAGGCCUCAUCCCGCUCACCUCCAAGCGCGCAAUGGAGAUGAGCUUCUCGUGCGACUGCGAUCGGUGCGAUGGCGACGUGCAGUGCAAUGACUGCUCUGUUGAAUUCACCCUCCUCGCCAAAUGCGACGGUGACCAAAUCCUCGAUGUCACUAGCUUAGACCUCAUGUCCUCUGAUCAACAAGUCGUUCCCAUUGAUGUCGCCAACCGUGCUACUUGCGAUUACGACCUGACCGAAUGGAGGGGCAUAAUCAUAGUUAAACUUUGACGUGGUUAGGAAUUGAAGCUUCGUGCCAUAGCUAGGAAGGGUAUUGGCAAGGACCAUGCCAAAUUGUCGCCGACUGCAACGGUUACUUUCAUGUACGAGACUGGUAUUGAAAUAUCGAAAUGCUGA